CAUAUUCCUUCAUUAUUUUUUAAUAAUUAUUACUAAAUAUUGUGUUAAAUAAACGAUCCGUAUAAAUAAUCAAACCGAUUGCAUCCUGAUUCCCAUAACUUUUAUUACGUAUCAAUAUUUUAUCAUAAAUAUUGAUUAAGUUUAUUUAUAAAUCUGAUCAAACAGUUUAGAAAUAUCAAUUUCGGCAAAUAACAGCUAAACAUAAAUAAUUGUAUAAUUAAACGAGGUGAACAAUCGUAUUGAUUGUGUAAUGAGAUUUAUUUCUAAAUUACACAUUUAUCAUCGAUAUCGCUUGUCGUAUUUAUCAUGUUUUUCUUAUGAAACGAUCGAACAACGAACAGUGGCUGGUAUUGAUCGAGAGUCAAUGACGCUCCUAAGAAAUCGUUAAUCUCGUUGAAUAUAAAUUAGCGAGAGGAUACUUCAAGGAGAAACGAAGUGGGAGAACUGGCCGUUAUCUAAUAUCAGUGUUCUCGUGUUCGUUGGCGUUAGAUGUCAGUGAUACGUGAACGGUGAUCAACGAGUGUUCUUCUCUUUGUGAUUUUUCAAAACAUGGAACAUGAUAUAGAGAAGAAUAUUGAGAAAGCCGACAAAAUGGACGUCGAAGCAGCUUUACUCGAAAAUUCGCCGACGUUGUCAACGAUUUCUUCGGAAUUGACAGAUACGACGUACUCGGUACCAGGCUCACCUUAUUCGUCAGAAUCUCCGAUCAUCGUGACGUCAUCAUAUAGGAAGACACAUACCGAUGACGAAACUACGAUCAAGCCAACACCAAGGUAUCCACAAGCCACCAGGAAGCCUAAUUUUCGGAUACGACCGCCUUACCUCAUGAUAUGCAUCAGUAUCAUAGAGAUAACCGUCCACUGCUUCGGAGACGAGGCGACGUUGCGGAGAUGGUUGGUCUAUGACCCUCGGCAAAGGGUUCAAGGGUGGAGGUUCGCUUCGUACAUGCUUCUACACUCCAACGCGCUUCACCUUGCGCUCAACGUGCUCAUCCAGCUGGUCCUGGCUACUCCACUCGAGGUUGAACAAGGAAGAAUGGGAGUAGCAACAAUUUAUUUAGGUGGUGGUGUAUGCGGAGCUUUGGGUGCUUCACUUUUACAACCUAGUCUUUAUCUAGUCGGAGCUUCGGCAGGAGUAUAUGCAUUGCUCACCAGCCAUCUUGCUCAUCUUUACUUGUGUCACGGUGAGCUACGUUACGCGAGAUGGCGUUUAGGUGCUGUUUUGUUGCUCGCUGGGGCAGAUGUCGCAUCAUUACCAAUACCAGCCUUAUUAGGCUGCGGAAGGGUUGGUUGGGCUGCACACGUAGCCGGUGCAUUGGCAGGACCACUUCUGGGUCUUGCGGUUUUCCCUAAACAAAGCAAGAAGGAUGCUCGAGGACGAGGAUUCGUCAGAUUCGUUAGAUUAAUAUCGGGCGUUAGCAUUAUGUUAUUAAUAGUUGGCGCGAUAUUGGGAAACAUAUAUCUGAUUGCAUUACCCCAAAUUAGAAAACCAUCCUGACAGAGGAUAGAAAUGCUCGUAAAACUCUGCAGGAGGUCGUUUCUAAUCGUCAAGAUACGCGAGGCCGCCGACAGUGUCUUCGAGUAAAAUUUAUGAUUUUCUUUUCUUAUAUAUAUAUAUACUGUAUAUGUAUAUAUAGCAAAGGAAAUAUCUCAUCGUCAUGGUUAUUCGCUCAUCGGAUCGAUAAUAAUCAUUGUAAUAUUACUCGCGCAUCUGUCGCGUUAAAAAAGAAGAAGAAGAAGAAGAAGAAGAAAUAAGAAAAAAAAAAAAACUCUUAAUCGUGUUAACCAAUAAGAGAUUAUAAUGACCGAACAGAAGGCCGACGAGAAA